AGAUCAUCGUCUUCCUCCGAUCAGUAACUUUGUGUUGUGACCUCCACGAAAAUGGAAGAGAACAGUUCAACGGCGGCGGCGGCGGCCAUGGAGCGUAAGCACGCAGCAAUGAUGGAGCGCCUAUCCAACCGUCACACCGCUCGUGCAUCCGGAAAACAACAAGAUCUAAACUCCUCAUUCGCAUCCACCAAUUCAUUUCUCUCUCGAUUCGCGGAAUCCAAGCAAUCAAUCGAAUCUCAGAUCUCAGAGAUCCGCUCUAUUACCGAUCCGAGCCCUAAGCCUCAAUUGGAAUCCAUUUCUCUCGAAAUAUCCGAUCUAGAGAAACUCGUCGCGGAGAAUUCCUACGUUCUGCCGCCCUACGAAGUCCGGACCUGUCUCAAUACAGUCGCGCAGCUCAAACACUCCCUGGAUGAAGCCACCUCACUCAUCGUCCCGAAGAAGAAAUUCUCCUUCAAAAACAAAACCUCCAAAAAGGCCACAACCACAACCACAGCCACAAUUCCAGAUCAACAAAACGGCGUCGUUCUCGAAACCAAUCCGAAAUCGGGGGAGCUAGGGUAUACCGAAUUGAACGCGACUGCAUCACCUGGAUUCCGAAACAGAGAGAAUGAGGCGUUGGCGAAGGAAUUCAGCGGCGGCGAGUUCAUGCUCUCGGAAUUGAAAGGCUGUGAGGUAAAAUUGAAGGGAUGCUUAAGGGCACUGUUUGUGGACAAUUUGAUAAAUUCUAGGGUUUAUGUUGGGGCAGUGAUGGGGUCAGUUCUGAUUGAGGGAGCCCAAGGAUGUGUUUUCAUUAUAGCUUCGCAUCAAAUCAGGAUCCACAAUGCGAAGGAUUGCGAUUUCUAUCUCCGGGUGAGGAGUAGGCCGAUAAUUGAGGAUAGUAAUGGCAUCAGAUUUGCUCCAUUUUGUCUGAGGUAUGAAGGGAUUGAGAAGGAUCUUGGUGAAGCAUGUCUUGUGGAGGAGACAGGGGAUUGGAGCAAUGUCGAUGAUUUCAGAUGGCUAAGAGCUGUGCAGUCCCCAAAUUGGUCGAUUUUGCCAGAGGAUCAUCGAAUACGAAUGGUGGAUGUAUGAGGUAAUUUGUUCUGUUUCAGAUUUCUGCAAUUCAUUGCAUUCUCUCCUUUGAUGAAGAUGAAGAUGAAGAUGAAGAUGAAGAUCGAGAUAUUGUUUAUUUUUGAUAUAUUCUUUAUCUCAAAAAAAUUGAAUAUUUUUGAGAAAAUUGAAUACUGUCAAUUUUUUUUGCAGAGUCUAACAUAGUAGGAUUCCAAACCCUCUGAAAUUGGGCUUAGAAAACAAGAUUUGUUUAUGCUAAAAAUAUGGGCCUCAACAAACAAGGCCCGAAAGUAAUGGGCCGGCCUGAAUUAAGGAAUAAAAUUAGAUUUGAACAAUAUGAAAGA